UUUACAAGCUCAAGGCCCAAUGAUGAAAACGUUGUUGUUGCUGCUUCUCUUGUGUCAUGUUUCAUCAUCAGUGAAACACUCACUGAAAUACUACACCACUGCCUCCUCUGGAGUCCCAAACCUUCCGGAGUUUAUGAUGCUAGUACAGAUUGAUGACAUCCAGGGGGCUUACUGUGAUGGCAGCAACAAGAUAUAUGAACCAAGACAGGACUGGAUGAAAAAAUUAUAUGAUGACAAUCCUCAACUCUGGACACAGGUCACUCAGGACUGUUUUCAGAUUCAACCACAGCGCUUCAAAAACAGACUGAACAGUUUUAUCCAGCUCUUCCACCACAGUGAAGGUUCAGGUGUUCACAUUUUACAGGUUAUGAGUGGCUGUGAAUUGGAUGAAACGACUGGAGAGGUCACUGGUUUUGUACGGUAUGGUUAUAAUGGAGAAGACUUCAUUGAACUGGAUCUGAAGACGUUGACGUGGACCACUCUGAGACCAGAGGCUGAUAUUAUCAAACAGAAAUGGGAUGAAGAUACAGAUAGAAUAAGAGACAAUGAGCAAUUCCUCACUCAGAAUUAUCCUGAGCAUCUGAAGUUGUUUUUGAAGUAUGGGAACAGCUCUCUGCUGAGAACAGAUCUCCCCUCAGUGUCUCUCCUCCAGAAGACUCCCUCCUCUCCAGUCAGCUGCCACGCUGCAGGUUUCUACCCUGACAGAGCCAUGAUGUUCUGGAGGAAAGAUGGAGAGGAGAUUCAUGAAGGAGUGGAACAUGGAGAGAUCCUCCCCAACCACGAUGGAUCCUUCCAGAUGAAUGUUGACCUGGACAUUUCAUCAGUCUCACCUGAAGACUGGAGGAGGUACGACUGUGUGUUUCAUCUCUCUGGUGUGGAGGACGACAUCAUCACCAAACUGGAUGAAACACAGAUCAGAACCAACACAGUGAGACACUCACUGAAGUAUUACACCACUGCCUCCUCUGGAGUCCCAAACCUUCCAGAGUUUAUGAGCGUAGCAGAGGUUGAUGACAUCCAGGUGGUUCACUGCGAUGGCAGCAACAAGAUAUUUGAACCAAGACAGGACUGGAUGAAAAAAUUAUUUGAUGAAAAUCCUCAAAUCAGGAAAUGGCACACUGAGCAGUGUUUUCAGAUUCAACCACAGCGCUUUAAAAACAGACUGAACAGUUUGAUCCAGCUCUUCAACCACAGUGAAGGUUCAGGUGUUCACAUUUUACAGAGGAUAGAAGGUUGUGAAUGGAAUGAAACGACUGGAGAGGUCACUUGUUUUGGUCGGUAUGGUUAUGAUGGAGAAGACUUCAUUGAACUGGAUCUGAAGACGUUGACGUGGACCGUUCUGAGACCAGAGGCUGAUAUUAUCAAACAGAAACAGGAUGGAGAUACUUUUAGAAUAAAAGACGAUGUGGAAUUCCUUACUCAGAUUUAUCGUGAGUGGAUGAAGUUGAUUUUGAAGUAUGGGAACAACUCUCUGCUGAGAACAGACGUCCCCUCAGUGUCUCUCCUCCAGAAGACUCCCUCCUCUCCAGUCAGCUGCCACGCUACAGGUUUCUACCCUGACAGAGCCAUGAUGUUCUGGAGGAAAGAUGGAGAGGAGAUUCAUGAAGGAGUGGAACAUGGAGAGAUCCUCCCCAACCAUGAUGGAUCCUUCCAGAUGAAUGUUGACCUGGACAUUUCAUCAGUCUCACCUGAAGACUGGAGGAGGUACAACUGUGUGUUUCAUCUCUCUGGUGUGGAGGACGGCAUCAUCACCAAACUGGAUAAAGCACAGAUCAGAACCAACUGGGGUUACCCUCGUGGUCUUUUAAUAGUCAGAGGUGUUGGACUGCUGCUCCUGAUGGUGGUCGCCAUCAGUGGACUCAUCAUCUGGAGGAACAAAAGAAAUGUUUAAAGACUAAGGAGACAAUAAUGAGAAAUGUGCUGAUGCUCCAACAUCUGACGUCCAUUCCCAGAGGACUGACAGUAUUUUAACGUUGGUCUCUUUGGAAAGCAAAUGAGAGAUAAUAACUUGAUGUCCUCAUUUUUCUCCAGAACCAGCAAAGCUUUGACAUUUAAAUCACCUAUACUCAUACAUUUUUUUUUAAUAUAUUUUUUACAUUGAUGCAUGUAUUCUUAUUCAAAUUUCCUACUUAUUAGGCCCAUGUCCAUUCUCUGAUGA